AUGGAGACGCAUUUCUUCUUCUCGGAUAAGGUGGUGCUUCUGUUUGAUUUCUGGAAUGUCCACAGCCCUGCAGGCAUGGCCCUUUCGGCAUUGGUGAUCCUGCUCCUGACUGUGCUGUACGAAAGCAUCAAGUUUGGCAAAGCCAAGCUACUCCACCAGAGCCUGGCGAGCAUGCCCGCCUGCACCAGCCAGCAGAACGAAGAGACGGACCAGAGUUCUUCUUCAAGCUCGGAGUUACCCCCGGUCAGCAUACCCCCCCUCAGGUGGUUCUUGUGUCACUUUGGCCAGUCUCUAAUCCACAUCGCUCAGGUGGUCAUUGGCUACUUCAUAAUGCUGGCUGUAAUGUCCUACAACACCUGGAUUUUCCUUGGCGUGGUCCUGGGCUCGGCUGUGGGCUACUACCUAGCUUACCCGUUACUCAGCAUAGGUUAG